AAACAGUGUCGGCAUCUUUAACUCUUUCUCACACUCUCGUGAGUCAUGCGCAGAGAGUGAAACAAAAUAAACCCAAACAGUUAAAAAGGGAAAUUAAAUGAAGGGAAAUUAGGGUUUUUGGCAAUGGACUCCCCUGAACCUUCCAAGCUUACCUCAACCAACUGUGAAACUGCGCUGGCUCAAGAUUCCCCUGUUUUCAAUUUUCUUAGCAACCUUUCCCCCAUACAGACAGUGAGGGCCCCACCAGUUACGCAAGUUUUCCCGGAGCUGAAUUCUCCUCCACUCGUAUUCACAUCACCUCAACUCAAUCUUCAUAGGCGGUCAGCUUUUCUGAAAAGAGCACAAUUCCCUAGAGCCUCUUCUGCAAAUUUAGCUGGCCCUGAUGAGGAUGGGAAGGGAUACAGAAAGCUGAAUAUCCAGCUGAGCACUAGACUAGAAAAGGCCACGAAAGGCAAUAGCCCUGAGAAUGACUUAACCGGAAGUCCUGAAGGAAGCCCAGAUCAGUUCUUGGCUGACAUUGUGGAUGCGGAGUCUGUCGAUCCGAAAUUCUCUAAUAAUUCAACUACCGAAAAUCCAGAAUACAUUGAUCACUCACGAAAAGCAAAGGAAAAUGUAUUAAACCAUGUGUGCGAAAUUAGUUCAAGAACAAGCGGACAAAUAGCUGGUGUGCCUGAUGAUGUUAUUAGCAGGCAAACUGAAGAGGCACUUGAAGAAAAUAUAUCGAUUGAUAUGAAUGCAGUUGAAAAGCGUUCAAAUCAGGUGGAUUGUGUUUCUAAUUGCCACGGUAGCGAUAUAGAACAUGAGUUGACCAUAUUCCAUGCAUUGACCCAUCAGACCAAAGAAGAUAUUAUGACUCAGGAUGUGGAGGCUGACCAGGCUGACCAUUCAGAUCAAUCGAAUCAUUUUCUUUCAGGGUCAGUGAAAAUAGGAAAAGAGAAUGAAAUUCUUGCUGAGGAUACUGGAGCAGCUUUGUCUGAACGAGCUCCUGUAAGAGUGCAAAAUGACCGUGAGGCUUUUAAACUCCGGGGAGUACAUAGGCGUUCUCUCCAGUUUGAAGAUGCUCAGCACAAGGUAUUAUCAGGUCAGACGGCUAAAAGUACUUUGGUUAGUGAAGGGUUAUGUCCUAGAAAUCGUGUAAACUCUACCAUCAAGACUCCGAAGCCUUCAGGUAUUGGCUUGCACCUGAACAGUAUAAUCAAUGCUGUGCAAGCUGGAUCUGGUUCAAAAGUAAAUUUGAGAUCAGCUCAUACUUUCAGUAUUGCCGGGAAGAAGUCCAUGCAUGUGAAUGAAUCUCAUCCUGUUGAUUCUUCAAAUUAUUCUUCUAUGUUACCUCCGGUGGAGAAUGUUUCAGCUAGCACUGAUGAUAAUAGGCAUGGAAGAGUUACUUCAUGUCGCUCUGUGUCCACUUAUAUUGCCGAACCUUCAAAUGAUUCUAUAAUCUUAAAUCCAUUGGAGGACCAGUCAACACCUGGUAUUAAGAGGAAGUGUACUGAAAAGUCUGGUGGUUCUAAAGAGUUUGCCAAGAUGAAAUUAUCGGACCCAGGUGAAGGCGGUGGUUGCAAGCGUUGCAACUGCAAGAAGAGUAAAUGCCUGAAGCUUUACUGUGAUUGCUUUGCUGCCGGGAUCUAUUGCGCUGAACCUUGUGCAUGCCAAGAUUGCUUUAACACACCUAAAUAUGAGGGAAUGGUUAUCGAGACACGGCAGAAGAUCGAAUCACGAGAUCCCCUUGCAUUUGCUCCCAGAGUUGUACAACGUGAACCUGUUCAACCUCCUAGCAUUCGUGGGGAAAAUGCGACUCCCCCGUUCACACCUUCCUCCGCAAGGCAUAAAAGGGGGUGCAAGUGUAAGAAGUCCAUGUGUCUCAAGAAGUACUGUGAGUGCUAUCAGGCAAAUGUUGGUUGUUCAGAUGGAUGCCGAUGUGAAGGAUGCCAAAAUGUCUUCGGCCUAAAAGGAGAAUAUCGUCCGGUUCAGGAUGUUGUGUUGUGCGAAGAAGAUACUAAAGAAAUAGCAGACGGGUUGAUUCUUGAGAAACGUAAAAUAACAGCAUCUGCUAGAAUUGCUGUAAACCAUACUGAGGUUUUCAAUGCACACCAUUCGACUCCCUCGACACCAGCAUUCCAGUUCUCAAACCCUUCUGGAGAGUACUCCCAAUCACCUGAAACUGAUUUCACAUGCAUGGCAGCACCAUACAUAAUUACUCCAGGGUCCCCUGUGAAGAACUCAAACGAUAUUAAUAAUAACAUGAUAACUGAAAAAACCCAGCAAAAAAUUAUUGAUCCUUCUUCUUUCGAACACGACUCACAACCGAAUGUUCAAAAGUGUGCAGAUGAUCCAUUAAUUGUUCGGGAGGUUGAGUUUGGCGGUGAGUUAUCUAGUAGUGUCCUGGAUGAUACACCUGAAAUGUUAAAAGACAGCCCUACCCCUGUUAAUGGCGUUAAAGUUUGCUCACCGAACAAAAAACGUGUUUCUCCUCCUCAUCGGAGGCCGAAUGAAUUUGGCUCGAGCUCGUCAGUUGGUAUUCGUACUGGGCGUAAAUUCAUCUUGAAGGCUAUCUCUGCAUUUCCUCCUCUUACCCUAUGCGUUGAUUCCAGAAGUGACAAGUCAAAUGAGCCUCAAGAUUGUCAUGUUAGUAAAUGAUGCCAACAUUUUUCAAAAGAUACGCUCUUUCUCCUUGGAAAAAAAAUCAAGAACUGUCGGGCUAAUCGUGCUGUGCUUAUAGAAGUCUUGCCAGUUACAUAAAUGAGGCGUAACGGUGUACAAAAAUGGAAAUGAAAUUGACUAUUUGGGAAAAUUUUAUUGAGUAAUUGAAAAGAUGUCUGGACAUUAUCAUGUUUAAGGUUUUGAAGAUACCUAAACAUCAGCAAUGGUGUGAAAUCAAAAUCUCUGAUUAAGCUAUCUUCGUAUUCAUUGGUGCGAAGUGUGGAGGUGGUAUCGACUCUUGAAAAACGGAGUGUAAGAGAAAAAUGCGGCUUUUUUUUUUUUUUGUUCUUU